AUGGCCUCCCCAGUCACUCCUCCCGUUCCCUUCAACCGCUUGAAGCAGAUCGCCAACGAUGCGUGUGCAAGCGCUAUUGGCAGUGCUGAAUUCUACGACCAUGGGAAGACUGAGCAAUGGAACCAAAGCAUCAUUAACUCGAUGCUUAAAGCUGUGAUCUCCGAGUCUACCCCCUCCGGCGCAUCUGCCCCCUCCUUCAAGUUCGCCAUCAACAGCACGAUCGUUCAGCAUCUUGUCCCCACAUCACAGCUGAACAAGAGCAAGGGUACCAGCACAUCCGAGGAGCCGAGCGUGACCGCCAGCUCAGACGCGACAGCGACAGACGGCAAGCCGCACGUCGGCCGACGGGGCAUGCACAGCGCAACCGGCGCGUACUGGAAUGAGAAGACCGACGGCAUGUGGAGCUACAAGUACGACGGGGGAGAGAGCAAGGGCAUGGACGUUGUCAUCAUGCUCAUCUGGAUCUCCUUGUAG